ACGAGGAGGAGAAUCACUAGAUUGAGGAGUUCACACAGCGCUGCAUCUGGGACCAUACAUUGAUUGUCAUGGAUAAGGUCAGAGUUGUCAACUACAUCUUGGGACUCCUGGGUUUGUUAUUACUGCAGGGUGUGAUAGAUGUGCAAGGAAGGAACUUAUUUAACACAGGUAACCAUGUUUUGAAUCCCAAAGAUGACAUAGAUAUCCAGAGCAAAAUUCUAUCACUGCUUCUGCACAAAAGCUUAGUUCCUGUUGAAAAGAAUGACAGCCCAGGUCUUGAACUGGUUGAUAAAUUAGCUGAUUUAGAAGAGUUGGAGGCACUGAGGGAUGAUCUGGAACUGGAGAAGGAAAUCGCAGUCAAUUUAGUAGACAAGCCGAUUACAAGGAAGAGGGGAGAACCUUGUUUCUGGAAGUACUGUGUGUGAGAUGGGACUCUGGGGUAUGAGGACCACUGUGAAAUCUUGCUGCAAAGCCCAACUUAGCCUUAAGAAUCCUCAACAACAACACCACUAAUGCGAACACUGUUACUUUAAGCAAUACAGACCAUCAUUAAUCAGCGUCAUCAAGAAAUCGUCGCUUCGUGGUGCUCUCAUCAAGCGACUGCCGGUGUAAGACUAUAAUGUACACAUCAUCUGAUACUCACCAAAAAUACCAAAAUACCAAGGCCAACUCACCAGGGCUAUUAUUUGCCUCCCGCUUUUGUGUGUCUUCAUGGUGCUCUCUUGUGGCAGAAUGGAGCAUAACAAUUUUGUAAAUUGCCACCAAGCAUUACAUCUGUCUCCGGUAAUACAAAUACAUUGUUCCUUUAAAAACAAAUAAAUACUUUAUUAUGUGAA